AUGAGCGCCGAUUCGAAAGUUUGGGCACACGCUUCAGCGGACACAUGGACGACGGCUCAAGGAAUUUCGACGUACGAUUUGGAUACGUCGAGUAUUAAACGCGAGAAGAUUGAUUGUCAUGAGCAGUUCAACGAUGGCUAUGGACCGCCACCGGGCACUGCGAGCACCGACGCAGUCAGCUACGCGGCCGAUCCGACUGCCUACUUCAACCUGUACACAAAUAUGGGCGCCGCGCCGACGACCACUCCGAUGAUGCACCACGAGAUGGGCGAGGCGAUGAAACGGGACAAGGAGGCGAUUUAUGCUCACCCACUCUACCCACUUUUAGUCGUUCUAUUCGAGAAAUGCGAACUGGCGACGUCGACGCCACGCGAGACGUCACGAGACGGAACGACGUCAUCCGACGUUUGCUCAAGCGCUUCUUUCAAAGAUGAUCUCAAUGAAUUUGUGAAACAUACCCAGGAAAACGCUGACAAGCAAUAUUAUCAGCCGAAUCCGCAGCUAGAUCAAAUUAUGCUCCAAUCGAUUCAAAUGCUCCGUUUUCAUCUGCUGGAGCUGGAAAAGGUCCACGAGCUCUGUGACAACUUCUGCAAUCGAUACGUGACGUGUCUGAAGGGCAAGAUGCCGUUGGACAUUGUUGGGGACGAGCGUGCCUCGUCGUCUCAACCACCAAUGUCACCUGGAAGCAUGGGACACCACGGACACUCUGGAUCACCAUCGAUGGGUGGCGCUGGAGCCGCGACGCCGAUGCACUACCCACCACCGUACGAGCCACAAUCCGUGCCGUUACCCGAGAACGUGUUGGGUGGAGGACAUCCGUUGGAGAUGUUCCCGGGAUCCUCAAUGGCGUACGCGAUGGCUGGAAUGGCCGCCGCGGCCGCCAGCUCCUCUUCGUCACAACCACAACCAGGGGAUCACCCUUUAGCGAACGGCGGGACGCUCCACUCGACGGCUGGAGCCUCCCAGACGCUAUUGCCCAUAGCCGUCAGUAGUCCAUCGACGUGUUCAUCAGGUGGUCUAAGACAGGACUCGACGCCGCUGUCCGGCGAGACGCCAAUGGCUAACGGAAACUCGAUGGAUUCGAUUUCAGAAGCUGAAAGAAUCCGCCGGCGCUUUUAUAUGUGUGUUAUUGUCUCCGCAGGUCCGUCUUCUUCGUCGCUUCAUCAACACCACCUCCAUCAUCCUCAUCAUUUCCCACAUCAUCAGCUUCAACCACCAGCCCAUCAUCAAGACUUCCUACUGCCACCCCCGCCGCAAAACAUCAUUGAGCAAAGUCUGCACUGUGCCGGUGUCUCGAUGCUUGACGCUUCUCUUAUCCCACCGUCAUCGUCGUCGUCGGCUUCUGAAUAUCAUGGCGACAUGAUGUCCCAUAUGUACUCUCAUCAUGACGUUUAUCAUCAUCAAGAUAUGACCUACACCGACUAUGGUGACUAUGGGACGCCUGACGUCGUCAUGAUGAGCUCAUCCGACGUUAAAAUGGAAGACGCGGCGUCGGUGUCUUCGUCGAAAAGUGGUGGGAAGAAGCAGCAGCCGGGAACGCCGAAUGGACGAGUUGGAAAGAGUCGAGGACGCGACGAGUUCUCGGUGUGCGGAUCGAACGAAGACGGUCGAGACUCGGUGCUAUCCGACUCGGCGAACGGAAGUCAGAACGGGAAGCGAAAAGUGCCCAAAGUAUUCUCAAAAGAGGCGAUUACCAAAUUCCGCGCGUGGCUAUUUCAAAAUCUGGCGCAUCCCUACCCAUCAGAGGAGCAAAAGAAACAGUUGGCAAAAGAGACGGGUCUUACAAUUCUUCAGGUCAAUAACUGGUUCAUCAACGCUCGUCGGCGAAUCGUCCAACCGAUGAUCGAUCAGAACAAUCGUGCCGGACGUACGCCGCAUAUGAACGUGUGCAAGAAUCGACGCAGGAAUCGAAGCGAGCAGUCUCCGGGACCAAGUCCAGAUUCGGAAUCCGACAGUGGUGCCAACUAUUCGCCAGAUCCGACGUCGUUGGCCGCGGCGACGGCGAUGCACUAUCCAGGAGCCGAAUUGUAUAUGCAGAGGACGAUGAAUUAUGGAGGAUUUCAGCCAUUCCCGAAUCCAGCCAUGCAAUUUAUGAAUCCAAUGAUGGGAUUCCCGGUUGCGCCCGCUGUCGACGCCAUCUCCCAACAAUGGAUUGAUCUCUCGGCUCCACAUGAAUAA